AAAAAGCAAUUGGCCAGACUUGAAUAAGGUACGAAUGAGGUAGCCUCUUCUGACGCGUGAGGGCUAAGUCUGUUUGUGGCCUUAUUUCUCUUCAGUUCAAAUCCUACUCACCUUGAAAACACUUAACAGCAUUGACAUCAGUUAAAGGUGAAUACGUUCUCAGGUUAUGCCAUCGCAUCAAAACACGAGAAGAAAUCCACAAGUCAGUACAAUGGGAAAGAUUCUUCGCUGCAUUAAGCAAAGAACGAAUGACGUUCUCCAAUGGGCUAUUAACUGGCUGGGGCUCAAUCAACUUGGCGCAGACAGACCUUUCAUGACACUGUUCCUGGCGGCAUUUCUCGUCAUUGGAUUUUUGCCAAUGAUGAUCUAUGUGGGGUUCACGAUUGUGUCCGUUUCCUUGGGCGUUUUCCUAUUGGUUGUUAUCGAAGGGGGGAUCAUUAUCGUGGCAACAGUAGUGUUAUUGGCCUGUCUAAUCAUUCCAGCUUGCAUCGCAGGCGGAGUAUCUGCUUUUGUCUGUGCAAUCUACUUUGCUCUUUCUCAGAUGAGACAACUUGUAGAUACCGCUGUGAACGCUCCGCAGAAGCUGUUUUCUUUUGACAGGUUCGGAGGUGAAGCUCGCAGUGUGAAGUCCGCAGAGGAACAAGACUAGAAGCUGAAGUUGGUUGUAUAGAAUGUUAAGUGACUCCUGGCAUAAUAGUUCAUUAUUACCGCUUUGAUUUCACAGACGAUUUCUAUGGUACGGAUCUGUGCUAUGUUUGGGGAAUAAUGUCUUCCUUUCCAGAGAGGAGAACGUUCUGAGUGAGGUAGCGCUUUGCUGGACUUUGUUGAUUGAGGAGAUCGACGUUGUUUUUGUUUUGUCACUCAAAUUUUAUCCACUUUGUAUGUCUAGAAUUAAUUAGGUUAUCAUCAACAGAAUGAGAUUUUUGAUGUAUGAAACUCAACAGAAUAAAGAUAAACUUGAUAAUUGUC